CGUAUUUCUACUUCACGCUUCUACACGCAGAUAGUCCGACCACAGCUCGAAUAUGGUCUAGCUAUUAGUCUACUCAGUGCAAAGGAUAUCCAACAACUGGAAUCUUGUCAAAACACAUGCAUAAGACGGAUAUUUGGUGGCUCUAGUCGAUCAUCAGUAAAGGUGAUGCUUCAUAUGAUAAACCAACCAUCAAUGAAGGUUAGGAUGUCCAUUCUGCAGGCCCAAUUCGUUUUCCGUGCUAUUGUUUUACCGGAUGAUACUUUGCUCGCUAAAUUACUUCCCGAGCUUCAAGCCUCUAUCUUCAACACUCAAUGGUAUAAACUCAUUCAAACACCAUGCUGGAGACUCUGCGCCGCCAAUUCCAUUCCAUUAGACCAACGCUCCUUUCGAAAACAUCGUCAAGAAUUUCUUGAAGAGAGUUUUCAACAACUACGUGACGAGACACAUUCUGUUUUGCUUUCCUCUUGCCGCCCUAAUCUGAUUAUUGAUCCGAUACUUUGGUUACUCAUGACACAUAGUGGCAUCUUGGUUGGCUGCCCGAGGGGAAUACCUAAAGCCUACCCAUAG